GUCAGUGAAGAAUUAAAAAGCAACAUUAUGGAAUUUAUAAAUGCACCAAUUAGGCGGCAUAACAAUCUUGUUACUAAAUCUCAUCCUAAAGCAUGUUAUGCGAGUCGUUUACUUGAUUUUAAUAGUAAAGAAUUGAAUGAAAUUCUUGAAAGUGAAGAUUUGAAUAACUUCAUAAUUAGAGAUCCAAGGUCAUUUGAUGAAAAUACUAGUAAAAAGUUGAAUGAAAUACUUGAAAAUGAAGAUUCACAAGCUAGUGUAAAAGCAAAUGAAAUGCCACUAAGUGAAGAUUUGAAUGAUUGUAUAAUUGAAGAUAUGAAGCCAUUAGAUAUUUAACAUUCAACAGAAAUUGUUCUUU